UUGAGUACUUUUCUUUGCUCAACUGAAAAGGGCGUCCGAUCACCCCGAGGGAGAAAAAACUUCCAAUCAAACAUGGCGGCUCGACGGCUUUAUUAAGUGCCGAACAAUCCGCGGCCAAUCCGUUUUCCUUGCACAGAUACAGACCAUCGCCACGAGUCAAGACGCCGAUCUCUGCUCUGGUCAUCUACUGCGUAGAUUUUGGACGAGCCCCUUCCAGAGGAAAUUUCGAUGGAGACGAACGAGAGAGAAUACAUGUGGCACGAUCUCGGGCUGCAAAUUGUUCUAAUCUUGGUCAUGGUGUUCAUGUUCUUGCAUAUGCACGAUAUUCCCAAGAAGCUCUUCACCAAGUUCCGUCUUCGAAACCGAUCCGAUAUCCAAGCCAAGCGCCACUUCGUUCUCGGCGCUCAGCACCUUGCGCGAGCUAGAUCCUCCAAGACUCGAUCCGCUUCGAAUUCUUUGGCCAAAGAGGCCCUAGCCGAAGCCGAGAAAGCCAUCGCGCUUGACCCUAAGGAUGCAGCCGCUUACCUUCUCAAAUCCUUGGCUCUUGACCUCCAAGGCUUCAGGACUUCAGCUCUCGACUCGCUCGACAUGGCUUUGUCUCCGCUUGCCGUGAAGUCCCUCGCCGAUGAAGAGAAAGGGGACGCGCUUCUCAAGAGGGCGGAGUUGAAAAUGGCGAUGAAUGAACGCGGUCGGGCGGAUUCGGCUCUGACGGAUUUGAUUGAGUCGGUGAAGCUAAAUUCCAAAAAUGUCAAAGCUUUUUGUUUGUUAGGGCAAUGCUACGAGGCAAAAAUGAUGAAAAUGGAAGCCAGGACGGCUUACGAGGAUGCUCUCAAGGUGGAGCCCCGGUCAACUGUAGCUCAAGAAGCCUUAAGUAGAUUGGGUUCGUAGUAGAGAUUGUAGGAGAAAUAGUCUCUGAGCUGUGCUCGGUUACAAUAUUAUUUUAAAAAAUUUUCUACUUUGUGCCAAUUGUGACUGUUUCUUGUGUUAUGGGUAGAUCAGAACGUGCUCCUGAGAAUGUUAAGCAGAUAUGAUCUUAUAGGCCCAUGUACUUGUUUAAUUGCUUGAUCACCGGAAAACCUUAAAUAUAUGGUGGUAGUUUACUUGU